AUGGAUCCAGGGGUGCUGAAGGAAAGGGCUGGUGAAAUUGCAAGGUGGCUGUUAUCUUUGAAAGCUCACAGUGAUGCAAGGAUGUUCCUGGCAACUGGAAAAAGACAAAUGUCAUUCCCAUCUUCAAGAGAGGCCAGAAAGAAUAUCCAAGGAACUACAGGCUGGUCAACCUCACUUCAGUCCUUGGGAAGGUACUACAUUGAAGAGACAGUAGUUGAGGAGGGUGAACCACAUGAGGUGGUCACUGAGAUCACUGAGACUGUUAGCACAGACUUCACAGGUCCUAAAACUACCACCUAUACUGUUGAGCAUUCAAAACCUUCUGUCGAGGAUGCAGCACCUACAGUCAGAAAGAAGACAAUACGGACAAAAGUGGACCCCUCUAAGUUUUUGACACCUUAUCUGCAACACAGUAAUAAAAUGAAGGACCUGUUCAGUGAGGAAAAAGGAAAGCCAUAUGCUUCCACAGUUGAUACCCCAGAAAUUCGGAGAAUCAAGAAAGUGCAAGACCAGCUCAGUGAGUUACAGGCAUGGGAGACAAUGGUGAUGCCCAUAUCGUGGGUGUGCAUUAAAUUCUGCUCCACUCCUGGCUUAGGAUUUAUUGAGGAGUGUGGUGCAGCAGUCCAUGCGGUUAAAUACCGCAUGGCUGGUCAAGUUGCUAGAACUAUUUGCCAUGUUGAUGAAAAGGCCAAGGAUAUAGAACAUGCAAAGAAGGUGUCACAGCAAGUGAGCAAGGUGUUAUAUAAACAGAGCUGGGAGGAGAAUAAGGACAAGUACCUGCUUCCCCCUGAUGCUCCAGAGCUUGUGAAUGCAAUAAAAAACACAGCACUGUUCAGUAAGAAACUCUAUACCGAAGACUGGGAAGGAGACAAAACAUUAUUCUAUCCAUAUGAUGACAGUCCAGAGCUCAGAAGGGUGGCACAGGCUCAAAAGGCUCUGAGUGAUAUUGUCUACAAAAAAGGGCAUGAUGAGCGAAAAUCUAAAUAUACUUCUCUGCCAGAUCCACCUGAUGUGGAACAAGCCAAGAAAGUGACAAGGCAGCUGAGUGAUAUUAUUUACCAUGAUGACUAUAAAAAGAAGAUCAAAGGCAAGUGGACUCAAACUCCAUGCUAUGAUGUUGCAGUUGCAAAAAUGAAUGCAGAAAAUAUAAGCAUGAAAAAAUACCAGGAAGACUUUGAAAACAUGAAAGACCAAAUCUACUUUAUGCAGACUGAAACUCCAGAAUAUGAAGCUAAUAAGCGAGUUCAAGAGAAUGUCAGUAAGGUAAAAUACAGAGCAGACUAUGAAAAGAGCAAAGCUAUUGCAGAUUAUAAUGUGCUUCCUGCUACAGAGAACCCAUUGCUGAGGCAAUUAAAAGCUGCAGGAAAUGCGCUGAGUGAUAAAUCAUACAAAGAAGCAUAUGAACGAUCAAAAGGAACCAGCAUGAAUUACUGUGACACACCAAAGUUCCAGAUUGAUACUGUUCUGAAGAAUUUUAGUGAUGUAAAAUAUAAAGAUGCAUAUGAAAAGAAUAUUUUAGGACAUUAUUUGGGCAGCUUUGAGGACCCAUAUCAUACACACUGCAUGCAAGUUGAAGCUAUGAAGAGUGAUAAAAAUUACAAAGCAGAUUAUGAGGAGGAAAAGACAAAAUGCUACUUCCCUCAGACCAUAACUCAAGAGUAUGAAGCUAUUAAGAAGUUAGAGCAGUGUAAAGAUCACACCUACAAAAAGCAUCCUGAUCGAAUCAAAUUUACCCAAGUGACUGACUCCCCAGUACAGAAGCAAGCAGAGAUCAAUAGCAAACAGCUGAGUGAUAUAGCGUAUAAAUCCAAAGGUGAAGAAAUUAUUCACAAGUACCACCUCCCUCCAGAUGUGCCCCAGUUUAUACAGGCUAGAGUUAAUGCCUACAAUGUUAGUGAUAACUAUUACAAAACGGGAUUGGAAGAAAUCAAAUCAAGAGGAUAUGAUCUAAAAAGUGAUGCUAUUCCUAUCCGAGCUGCCAAGGCUGCUAGGCAGGCUGCCAGCGAUGUUAACUAUAAAAAAGCCUAUGAACUUUCCAAGGGUAAACUCGUUGGCUUCAAGAGCCUCCAAGAUGACCCCAAACUCGUUCAUUAUAUGAAAGUAGCCAAGCUACAGUCUGAGCGAGAGUACAAGAAAGAUUAUGAGAAAACAAAAACUAGGUACAACAUUCCAAUGGAUAUGUUCAAUGUUGUUGGUGCCAAGAAGGCUCAAGAGAUUGCCAGCAACACUAAUUACAAGAACCUCCUGCACCACUAUACUUAUUUACCAGAUGCGAUGAGUGUGGAGCUGACCAAAAACAUGAUGGAGAUUCAGAGUGAUAAUGCAUACAAAGCAGAUUAUAAUAACUGGAUGAAGGGCAUUGGUUGGAUCCCCCUUGGCUCACUAGAAGUAGAAAAAGCUAAAAAAGCUGGAGAAGCAUUGAGUGAAAAGAAAUAUCGUCAGCAUCCGGACACCAUUAAAUUUACAAGUGUGGUGGACUCACCGGUAAUGGUCCAAGCCAAACAGAAUUCAGUUCAACUCAAUGAUAAACUAUACAAAUCUUCUGGAGAGGAAGUUAAACAUAAAUAUACUCUUACCCCGGAUGUCCCACAGUUUAUCCAAGCCAGAUACAAUGCAGCUAACGUCAGUGAUGCAUAUUAUAAACAAGACUACCAUGAUCUGAUAGCUAAAGGGCACAAUGUGUCACUUGAUGCUAUUCCAAUUACUCGAGCCAAGGCUUCAAGAAACAUUGCUAGUGAUUAUAAAUAUAAAGAAGCAUAUGAAAAGGCUAAAGGAAAACAGGUUGGUUUCAGAAGCCUGCAAGAUGACCCUAAGCUUGUCCACUACAUGCAUGUGGCAAAGAUUCAGUCUGAGCGUGAGUACAAGAAAGACUAUGAGAAGACCAAGACUAACUAUCAUACACCUCCGGAUAUGUACAGUAUCCAGGCUGCUAAACAGUCUCAGGACGUAGCUUCUAAUGUCAACUACAAAAAUCUGAUCCAUCACUACACUUACCUGCCAGAUGCCAUGGAUGUUGAGCUGGCAAAGAACAUGAUGCAAAUUCAGAGUGAUAAUGCAUACAAACAAGAGUAUAACAACUGGUUCAAGGGUAUCGGAUGGAGUCCUCUCGGUUCUCUGGAUGUUGAAAAAGCUAAAAAGGCUGCAGAGGCAUUAAAUGAAAAGAAAUACCGUCAGCACCCAGACACCAUCAAAUUUACAAGUGUACCAGAUUCAAUACCAAUGGUUUUAGCUCAGCACAACACCAAGCAACUGAGUGAUAUAAAAUAUAAGCAAGAGGGUGAAAAAGUAAAACACAGAUAUACCCUGGAUGCUGAUGUCCCGCAGUUUAUUCAAGCCAGGGUCAACGCCUACAAUUUGAGUGAUUCUAACUACAAAGCAGACUGGAAAAAAACCAUUGCCAAAGGAUAUGAUCUGAAACCAGAUGCCAUUCCUAUUAUUGCUGCUAAAGCUUCUCGAAAUAUUGCAAGUGAUUACAAGUACAAGGAAUCAUAUGAGAAAGAUAAAGGCAAACAGGUUGGUUACCGUAGCCUGCAGGAUGAUCCUAAACUUGUUCAUUACAUGAAUGUGGCCAAAAUGCAAUCAGAUCGUGAAUACAAGAAGGAUUAUGAAGUCGCCAAGACCAAAUAUCAUACUCCUUUGGAUAUGUUCAGCGUGACGGCUGCCAAGAAAGCCCAGGAAGCGGUUACAAAUGCUGGCUAUAAACAGCUGAUUCACCAUUAUACACUCCUCCCUGAUGCUGUGAAUCUGGAGCUAUCGAAAAAUGUGAUGCAGCUUCAGAGUGAUAAUGUAUACAAAGCAGACUUUAAUAACUGGUUGAAAGGAGUCGGCUGGAUACCAAUUCAGUCACUGGAUGUAGAAAAAGCCAAAAAAGCUGCAGAGAUUCUCAGUGAAAAGAAGUACCGCCAGCACCCCGACAAGCUGAAGUAUUCUAUUACAAUGGAUUCAAUGGAACAAGUGCUAGCUAAGAAAAAUGCUGAUACCAUGAAUAAGAGGCUCUACACUGAUAAAUGGAACAAAGAGAAGACCAGCAUUCAUGUUAUGCCAGAUACUCCAGAAAUUCUGCAGUCUAGAGUGAACCAGAUCACAAUGAGUAAUAAACUUUACAAAGCUGGAUGGGAGGAAGAGAAGAAGAAAGGUUAUGACAUGAAGCCAGAUGCUAUUCCAAUAAAAGCAGCAAAAGCUUCCAGGGACAUUGCAAGUGAUUAUAAAUACAAACUAGCCUACGAAAAAGAGAAAGGAAAGCAUAUUGGGUUCCGCAGCCUUGAAGACGACCCCAAGCUGGUGCACUUCAUGCAGGUGGCUAAGAUGCAAUCUGAUCGUGAAUACAAAAAAGAUUAUGAGAAGGCAAAGACUAAUUUCCAUACUCCAGUUGACAUGAUCAGUGUUGUGGCAGCGAAGAAAGCACAGGAAGUGGCUACAAAUGCAAAUUACAGAAGCUUGAUCCAUACCUACAAUGUUUUGCCUGAUGCUAUGAGUCUUGAAUUAGCCAAAAACAUGAUGCAAUUACAAAGUGAUAAUCAGUACAGAGCAGACUAUGACGAAAAUAUGAAGGGUAUUGGGUGGAUGCCACUGGGCUCCCUGGAAGUUGAGAAGAACAAAAAAGCAAUGGAAAUUCUUAGUGAAAAGAAGUAUCGCCAGCAUCCAGACAAGCUGAAGUAUUCUGUUCCUAUGGAUUCCAUGAACAUGGUCUUAGCUUUAAAUAAUGCUAAGAUCAUGGAUGAGCACAAGUACAAACAAGCAUGGGAGGAAGACAAAAAGAAAGUUCACAUGACACCAGAUGUUCCACAGUUUAUUCAAGCAAAAGUUAAUGCAUUUAAUUUAAGUGAUAAAAUGUACAGGCUUUCAUUUGAAGAAUCUAGGAAGAAGGGGUAUGAUCUCAGAGCUGAUGCUAUCCCUAUUAAAGCUGCCAAAGCUUCUAGGGAUAUUGCUAGUGAUUAUAAAUACAAAUUAGGUUAUGAACAAGACAAGGGAAAACUUGUAGGCUUCCGCAGCCUUCAGGAUGAUCCCAAACUUGUCCAUUACGUGCAAGUGGCUAAGAUGCAGUCUGAUCGUGAAUACAAGAAAGCUUAUGAGGCGGGCAAGACACAUUACCAAACACCUUCUGAUGCACUCAGCAUCGUGGCAGCUAAGGAGGCACAAGAUCGUGUGACCAAUACUAACUACAAACGGCUGAUUCACCAGUACAUGCUUCUACCAGAUGCAAUGAGUUUAGAACUGUACCGAAACAUGAAUCAGAUACAAAGUGAUAAUGAGUAUAAGCAGGAUUACAAUGAGUGUUUCAAGGGUAUCGGUUGGAGUCCUGCUGGUUCUCUGGAUGUGGAGAAAUCUAAGAAAGCCACAGAAAUUGCAAGUGAUCGGAAUUACCGCCAGCAUCCCAGCAUGUUCCCCUUUACAAGACCGAACGAUGCCAUGGACAUGGUCCUUGCAAAGCAGAAUGCUAAUAUAAUGAACAAACGUGCUUAUACUCAAGCUUGGGAGAAGGAUAAAAUCCAGGUUCAUGUGAUGCCAGAUACACCAGAUAUUCUCCAGGCAAAACAGAACAAGACAAACUACAGUCAGAAACUAUACAAGCUUGGCUGGGAGGAAAUGAUAAAGAAAGGCUAUGACCUCACACCUGAAGCCAUACCAGUGAAAGCUGCCAAAGCUUCAAGGGACAUUGCAAGUGACUACAAGUACAAAGAAGGUUACCGCAAGCAGCAGGGACAUCACAUUGGAUUCCGCAGCUUACAGGAUGAUCCAAAGAUGUUGUGGUCUAUGCAAGUAGCCAAGAUGCAGAGUGACAGGGAAUACAAGAAAGAUUUUGAAAAGUGGAAGACAAAGUUUAAUAUGCCUGUGGAUAUGUUAGGCUUCCUUCUCGCUAAGAAAUGUCAGGAGUUGGUUAGUGAUAUAGACUACAAACACAUGCUACACCGCUGGACUUGUCUGCCAGACCAGAAUGAUGUCACCCAGGCAAAGAGGGUCUACGAACUGCAGAGUGAUAAUCUGUACAAGUCAGACCUACAAUGGCUCAGAGGCCUUGGAUGGAGCCCUUUGGGAUCUUUGGAAUCUGAAAAGAACAAGAAAGCUGCUGAAAUCCUGAGUGAAAAGAAGUACCGGCAGCACCCAGAUACUAUCAAGUUCACAAGUAUCCCAGAUGCCAUGAAUCUUGUUUUAGCAAAAUCUAAUGCCAAAAAUAGAAGUGAUAUACUGUAUAGAGAAGCUUGGGACAAGGACAAGACUCAGGUUCACAUGAUGCCUGAUACUCCUGAAAUUUUGCUGGCUAAAUCAAACUUAAUUAACACAAGUGAUAAACAUUACAAGUUAGGAUAUGAAGAGCUGAAGAGGAAAGGCUACGAUCUUCCUCCUGAUGCUAUACCCCUCAAGUCAGCAAAGGCAUCCAGAGACAUAGCUAGUGAAUAUCAAUACAAAACUGCGUACCGAAAGCAGCUUGGCCACCAUAUCGGAGCCCGUAACAUAGAGGAUGAUCCGAAGAUGAUGUGGUCGAUGCACGUAGCCAAGAUCCAGAGUGACAGGGAGUACAAGAAAGCCUUUGAGAAGUCAAAGACCAAUUUCAGUACCCCAGUGGACAUGCUGGGAAUCGUGUUGGCCAAGAAAUGUCAGGAGUUGGUCAGUGACAUUGAUUACAAGCAUCUUCUUCAUCGGUGGACCUGCCUGCCAGACCAGAACGAUGUUGUUCAGGCCAAGAAAGUGUACGACCUUCAGAGUGAU